GUGACAAGAACAUGUAUAAGAUGAAACAUACGAACUUCAAUAAAUUUGUAUGUGUUUUUCUUGCAACUUGUCUGUUUGCGGUGGGAAACUUUACUGCCCAAUAGGAAGAACAUUUUCUUGUGAUCUUCUUCUAUAUAAUUCUUGGGUUGAUCGUCACUUUUCACAUCUGUUUAAUGGAAAUUGCUUUGUACAGAAAGCUAUAGAGAUGGAUAAGGAGGAAGCAGCACCUCUGCUAACAAAGAGUGAAGUUAAUAAUGGGGUGACACCAUUAGAGGAUGCAUUUUGGUCAGAGCUCAAGAGGGUAGGCUCCAUGGCAGCUCCAAUGGUGGCUGUGACUGUGUCUCAGUUUCUUGUGCAAGUUGUGUCACUGAUGUUGGUGGGACAUCUUGGUGUACUAGUCUCCUUCUCUGGGGUUGCCAUUGCCACCUCUUUUGCUGAAGUUACAGGCUUCAGUGUCCUUAUAGGAAUGGCUGGUGCAUUGGAAACUUUAUGUGGGCAAAACUAUGGUGCAGAAGAAUUUAAAAAGAUUGGAAACUACACAUGCUGUGCAAUUGUCACUCUGAUUUUGGUUUGUCUUCCCAUAUCUCUCAUGUGGAUGUUCAUGGAUAAAAUUCUCUUGCUGUUUGGUCAAGACCCUGAAAUUUCUGAUGCAGCUCGACAAUACUGCAUGUGCUUGAUCCCUGCACUGUAUGGCUAUGCUGUUCUUCAGUGUCUGAUUCGCUACUUCCAGACUCAGUGUAUGAUCUUUCCCAUGGUUUUCAGCUCAAUUGCGGUUCUGUGUUUGCAUGUUCCUAUUUGUUGGGUUCUGGUAUUUAAAUUGGGACUAGGUCAUGUUGGAGCAGCAUUUGCUAUUGCUAUUUCAUAUUGGUUGAAUGUCAUUUGGCUUGGAAUUUAUGUGAAGUGUUCUUCAGCAUGUGAGAAAACCAAGAUUGUGUUUUCUACUAAUGCUUUACUAAGCAUUUCAGAGUUCUUCCAAUUUGCUAUUCCUUCUGGACUCAUGUUUUGUUUUGAAUGGUGGUCAUUUGAGCUACUUACAUUAUUUGCCGGGCUUCUACCUAAUCCACAACUCGAAACCUCAGUUCUUUCUGUCUGCCUGAGCACAACUACAUUGCACUACUUCAUUCCCUAUGCUGUUGGAGCUUCUGUAAGCACACGGGUUUCAAAUGAAUUAGGUGCAGGAAAUCCAAAGGCAGCUAAAGGUGCUGUUCGCGUUGUUGUGAUUCUGGGAAUUGCUGAGGCAGUUAUUGUCAGCAGUUUCUUUUUUUGUUGUCGGCAUAUAUUAGGAUAUGCUUAUAGCAGUGACAAGGAAGUUGUAGAUUAUGUAGCAGACAUGGUUCCUCUUCUCUGUGUGUCUGUCAGUGCAGAUAGUCUAAUAGGAGCUCUUUCUGGGAUUGCAAGAGGUGGAGGAUUUCAGCAAAUAGGGGCUUAUGUGAACCUUGGAGCCUAUUAUCUUGUGGGAGCUCCUGUGGCAUUCUUAUUGGGUUUUGUCCUACAACUCAAUGCCAAGGGACUCUGGAUGGGAACUCUUACAGGGUCUGUUCUACAAGUUAUUAUCCUAGCUGUUGUGACACUGUUAACAGAUUGGCAGAAAGAGGCAUCGAAAGCAAGGGAGAGAAUAGUUGAGAAGUCGAUCAAAGCUCAUAAUGGAUUAGUACGAAAAUUUUGAAAUAUGGAGGCAGAAUAAUAGAAAAAUGAGUGGAAGAAAAAGGAAAGCACUGACAAUUUUUCUCUCAGUUUUUGGCUUUGCUAUUCUAUUUCGGUGUUAGGAAGUGUGUUUUGGAGAGUUUUAUAUGUAUAUAUAUGUGAUUUUCGAACUGAAAUGUGCCUAUGACGAUGUAUAAGUGUAACUCUAGUCAGAUUGCAGAAAACUAUUUACAAGCUGCAGUCACAUAGGGGUGGAUCCAUCUACCUUGGAAACAGUUGAAAAAUUUGUAACUAUUCAAACAUGAAUUCAAACAGGCUCUUCCACUCGAUCAUGAUUAUUAUAUAAUUGAUAAGUAUCUUUUACAG